AUGAUAGACUAUAGGUUUUCGGGAGUUUCGCCAUCGAAUUACUCGCAAACGGCUUCAAAUCUUGAUAUCUUAAACAUGAAUAGCCAUGAUGAAAGGAGAAUUUUCCCAGUAGAUGCCCAAGGGAACAAUGCUUCUUCUGUACUAAACUCCAGCAGCUCCACCAUUAAGAUUGAUUCAUUAUGUAUCAAACUUGGCUUUCUCAAGGAGAAGGGUGAUGCUGAAAAAUGUAGCCAUUUUUCUAUAAGAGGUUAUGUUUCUGGGAUGCGUGAAAGAGGUAGAAGCAACUUCCUACCUUUUGCUGAAGCACUUCCUCCUAUGGAAGUCCCAAAUUUUAAAUAUUGGCUUUGUCAAAGUUGUGUGCAUAACUGUGGAAAUGCAAAUACCUCACAUGAGACUCCAGUAGUCUCUGUGUGUGAUCAAAGUAUGAUCCGAUCAUGUGCAACGUCUUUCCCUCAACAAGAUUGUGGAGUAGCAGUGCUCCCUUUUGGUGAAGGCACUUCAGGUCUUAAAUCUAUUGAUAAUACGAAAGAUGAUGAUGAUGAUGAUGAAAAUGUCCUUCCUGCUUUUGGAGUCAAUAAAAGUCAACACUGUCAAGAAAUCCCUGUUGAUAACGCGGUUCCUAAAGAAGCAGUUAAAGUCAGUGACACGAAUGUUGCUUCAGAGGCAAAUGCAGGUUUAUUAUGUGGGAAAGAGAGCAAUGAUGAGUAUCAACAGCAAGAUAGUGUAGUAAUAGAGACAAUAACUGGUGUUGUUGGAACUCCAAUCAAAUCCAGUCAGCAAAAUGAUCAAUCAAAUGGACAUACAAGACGAAAGGCUCGUAAAGUGCGUUUGUUGAAGGAGUUGCUGUGUGGAAAUAAUGAAAUCCAGCAAAAAGAAAAGGAAAUUUCUAAUGCUGAAUUGGAUCCAAAACCAUGUAAUCCAUUGCCAACGUCUUCCUUGAUCAAAAGGAAAGUGCCACAUGAUCAAGAUCAGAUACCUGUUGAUAUAACAACUCCUGUGAAUGCUUGUAAAAAAGCAAAAACCUUUAAAGGGAAUGCAGUUGCAGUUGCAGUUGCAAAAACCACCAUUGUUGAUCAACAUUCUAAACAUCCAGAAGCCACUGAAAAUACACCAAACGAUAAUAGGACUCAGAAGAACUCCAUUAAUUUUGGUAAGGUCAGUAGUGAUCCAGUAACUGCAUGGAGGUCAAUAUUCAGUGAUAUGACUAAAACAGACAAUCAUGUUACUACUACUGCCACUGGUGCUUGUAAACCAUCUUGUGAUAUCUCAAAAGAUAGAGGAAGCGGACCCCACUCAAACUUCAUGGCCCCACCACAUCCGGAGAAAAAGAUCAAUUUUUCUAUAAAUAUGUCAAGAAAUCCUCUCAAAAGUAAAUCUUUUGGAGAGGAAUUGUAUUCUAGGAGAGCAAAUGUAGAUGAUUGUUCUAGACCAAAAGAUCCCAAGGCACAUCCGGAGAAAAAGUCGAAUUUUUCAAUAAAUAUGUCAAAAGAUCCUCUCAAAAGUAAAUCUUUUGGAGUGGAAUAUAAACCCAGAGCAAAUGUAGAUGAUUGUUCUAGACCAAAAGAUGGCAAGUCAGAAACAGAAUUAGGACUUAAUCUUUCUUUAAAUCACGACCCACAAACACCGAAUCAUCCUCUCACCAAAGAUAAUUAUAGAAAAGAUAAUUUGUUCUUUGGGGAUUUGAGAUCAAGAAUUCAUAAUUGGAUUCCAUAUGAUUCAAAAUCAAAAAAGGGAAUAGUUCAUGAUGUCAGCAAGGGACAUGCUACUAAACCAGUACUUUUUCAGGAGCAGCGACCCUAUACAUAUGGAAGUUGCUCUGGGCAUCAGAAAUUGGAUUUCUCUGAUCCACACAAGAGGAAAAAUGGAGUUAGAGGAUACUCAGAUGUAAUGGGGCCUUAUAAUCAUCAAAGAAAAGGACCAAUGGUGAUGUUGGGGAGAUCAGAUGAAACUGAAGUUGUUGAACUCAUGGCAAAAAAUCAAUACGAGAGAAACUUAUGUGAAGCUAGAAGUAGUAGCAAUAACACUUUCAUACCAAAUGUAUCAGGUUUACAUAAUAUCAACAUUCACAAACGUAUGACAUCAUCAUCAUCAUCAUCAUCAUCACAUCAAGACAAUCUCCACCCUUCAACGAGUGAGAAAUCCAAUACGGGUCCCACCACCAUGAGAAAUCAAGCUUCUGGAUUCAUCAAUCAACAGCCACCUCCUGACUUCAAUGUGUUUGAUGGAAAUUGGAGACUCAAUAACUCGCGUUACAGUUGUAUACCAAUACCAAAGAAGAAAAAGAAAACUCCACCCCUUGUCUCUUACCAGUUUCUUAACAUGCCAAAUGGAUAUACAAAAUGCUCAGAGAAAGAUAAUCAAAAGGGUAUCAUGGAUUUGGAUCUGAAUGUUGUGGCUCCAAAUGUUAUUGAAGAACAAAACAGUUUCCAAUCUUUAAAUCCAACAUCAUCCAAACAACAUCAUCUGAAAAACAUACGUUCGUUAGAUUCUUCAUAUCCAAAUGAAACAAUCCCUGCGAUGCAAUUACUUAGUCUAAUGGAUGCAGGAAAGUCAAAUCAUCAGGUGAAUACUACAGAUGAAAGAAAGCUUCCAAAACCUCUUUCUCCUUGUUACACUCACAGCAGCUCAAACAUGAUCAAUGGAAAAACAAUACCAAUACCCAAUGUUCAGUUCCCAAAACCAAGACAACAGGAAUCUUAUGUUUUUCCUGUUCCAUGUCGUGUGAGUGAAGAUCGAAGUGAAGGUGUCACUUUAAGAGAGAGAAUCGAGCCAAUUGGGAAGGGGAGAAGGGAAAAUCAGCAACAGAAAAUGCUAAUGGAUCAAAAAGGCAAAAAAGAUUAUAAAGUUGAAGACAGUAAAGUUGUUAUUGCCUUUAUGGUUGACAGGUACUAUUCUCACAAAGCCGUAUAAAGUAAUGAUGAUGUAUUGACUUGUACAUAAUGCAGCAAAAAGUGCAUUUACUUCUGGAUUUUCAGCUGUAGAAAAGGCUUUAGGUUCCAUGUGCUCUACAGGCAAGAAUUCGGAUCUUUAGUUCAGAGAUCCAAAGGUCUUAAGGCGUGUUCUCAAAUUUAGAAUUAUAUGUAUAUGGUAUAGUAUAUAUACACCAACAAUACGCAAAUCUAAUAUGAAUGGUGUAAGGGAGGUUAUUUGUAGAAAGACUUACUUG